AAAAAAUAAAAUAAAAUAAAUACCAUUUUGUUUUUUGGGUUCCGUCUUUGCUCUCUCUGUCUCUCUCUUCUAUCUCUCUGUGCUGCUCCUUCGACCUAUCUCUCUCUCAAAAAUCUCAGAGCAUCUUAUUGGCCAUUGACAAAGCUCUGGACUUCGAUUUCCAGUGAGUAAAUUCAGGAGUGUGGAGGAAGGAGUUUUGAAGUGGGAAAUGGCUGGCACUGCAAGUGAGGAGUCUGGAGUGGGAAGGUCCACGGAGGGAUUUUCAAGUGGGCAGCGUUGUCAAUCCGGGGAAGCAUUGGCGGAAUGGCGGUCUUCUGAGCAGGUGGAAAAUGGAACCCCAUCGACUUCGCCUCCUGAUUGGGAAACUGAUGAUGAUAAUGAUGGAGGGCCAAAACCUUCUGAACUAUAUGGAAAAUAUACGUGGAGGAUAGAAAAAUUUUCAGAGAUCAACAAAAGAGAACUUCGUAGUAAUCAAUUUGAGGUUGGCGGCUACAAAUGGUACAUUUUAAUUUAUCCCCAAGGAUGUGAUGUCUGCCAUCAUCUCUCUUUGUUUCUGUGUGUUGCUAAUCAUGACAAACUUCUUCCAGGCUGGAGCCAUUUUGCACAGUUCACUAUAGCUGUUGUUAAUAAAGAUCCGAAGAAAUCUAAAUAUUCUGAUACAUUGCACCGAUUCUGGAAGAAAGAGCAUGACUGGGGGUGGAAAAAAUUCAUGGAGCUGACAAAAAUGUCAGAUGGGUUUAUUGAUGCCGACACUCUUAUAAUAAAGGCUCAAGUUCAAGUUAUCAGGGAGAGGGCAGACAGGCCUUUUCGUUGCCUUGAUUGUCAGUAUAGGAGAGAACUUGUUAGGGUAUAUCUAACAAAUGUGGAACAGAUUUGCCGGCGAUUUGUGGAGGAAAGAAGAAGCAAGCUUGGGAAGUUAAUAGAUGAUAAAGCUAGGUGGUCAAGUUUCCGUGCGUUCUGGUUGGGAAUUGACCAAAAUGCUAGGCGUCGAAUGUCCAGGGAGAAGACAGAUGUGAUUCUAAAAGUAGUUGUGAAGCACUUCUUUAUAGAAAAGGAAGUCACAUCUACUUUGGUAAUGGAUUCCUUAUAUAGUGGAUUAAAGGCACUUGAAGGCCAGACUAUUUCUAAGAAAGGGAGGUUGAAAUUGUUGGAGGCUGAAGAAAUGCCGGCCCCCAUUGUUCGUGUGGACAAAGACGUGUUUGUAUUAGUUGAUGAUGUCUUAUUGUUACUUGAGAGGGCUGCCAUGGAUCUGUUGCCUCCGAAAGAUGAGAAGGGUCCACAGAAUCGUACAAAGGAUGGAAACUCCGGAGAGGACUUCAACAAAGAUUCUAUUGAGCGUGAUGAAAGGCGUCUUACAGAAUUGGGUCGCAGAACUGUGGAGAUAUUUGUGCUUGCCCAUAUUUUCAGCAAUAAAAUUGAGGUUGCCUACCAGGAAGCUGUUGCAUUGAAGAAGCAGGAGGAGCUCAUCCGUGAAGAAGAGGCAGCUUGGCUUGCUGAAAGUGAACAGAAGGCGAAACGUGGAGCAACUGAAAAGGAAAAGAAAUCAAAGAAAAACAAGGCCAAACAAAAGCGAAAUAAUCGGAAAGGGAAGGAGAAAGGGAGAGAGGAAAGGUCCAAUUUGGUGGUACAAGACAAUCACCUGCAGGAAGACCCCAAUGAUGAAAAACAAGACAGCAUUAUGGAGGAUGUGCAACCUAUGGUUGAAAAGCCUGAUAUAUUGGACGAUGUUUCUGAUGAGUCUGAUUCAGUAGAUGGUGUUCCUGAAGUUCUUCAGCCUGAUUCAGAUGACAGAGAUGCUAGUCCUGUCAAUUGGGAUACUGAUACAUCAGAAGUUCAUCCUCCAAUGGAAGUUGGUAGUAGUGGAAUUAGUUCCCUGUCAUCUGUACAAAAUGGAGUUGCUGAAAGAAAGAGCCAUUUGGUAAUGGAUGACAGUUCUUCAACGUGCUCUACAGACUCUGUUCCGUCAGUGGUAAUGGUUGGGCCCUAUAAGGGGAACUCCUUCCCAAAUUAUAAACACCAAAAAUCACCUAGCAGGGGGAAGAACCAACGGGGCAAGGCAACCUAUGACGGUAGUAGUUGGGCAAAUGAGAUGGAUAGUCAGCAUUCUGGGCCUGCAGAGGAUGCAGGGGAUCUAAAUGAUGUAUCUGCUAGUUGUAAGGCUGGUGAAUCUGAGUCUGAGUCUGUUCUCUCCUUGCAGAAUCGGAUAAAGUCGCGUGAGCAGCAUGUGGUAAAGAAGGAAGAAGAAAUUUUGCUGCAAAAGAAACUGAGCACCAAAGAGCAGGUUGAUGUAGAAAGACCCUCUAAAGAUAAGAUGUCUGCAGUACCAUCCUCUCCCAGAAGUCCACCCAAGAAUCCAGCCUCAACUGUUCGAUCAAAGAUGGACAACCAUAGUAAUGCUGUGGUGGAUUCUGUUACACCUGGGAAAACUUUUUCAGGCGGCACUCAACAAACCGAUAAAUCUGCCCCUAUGGUUACUUCAUCCCAAACAAGCAGGUCCAAACCUGAGAUCCAGAAAGCUGCAAGCCCAAAACCCACUGAAAAAGCCGUGGCACAGCAAGUGCCUAUGAUGUCAAGGCCCUCUAGUGCUCCUCUAGUUCCUGGUCCCAGGCCAACUGCUCCUGUUGUAUCCAUGGUUCAAACAGCCCCUCUACUUGCCCGUUCAGUGAGUGCAGCUGGCCGGUUAGGUCCUGAGUCCUCUCAAGUAACACAUAGUUAUGUUACUCAGUCCUAUAGAAAUGCCAUUGUGGGUAACCCUGUGGCUUCGAGUACUGGUGGUUUCACUCAAAUUAACUCUCAAAGUUCGGGGGUGAAUCAAUCCUCAGCAUUCUCACAAUCAGCUACCUUUGCAUCUGCACCAAUGUUUUUACCCCAAAGCUCUGAGAGGGUUGACCCAACCUCUGUCAAAUCGGGUAUUCCAUAUGGCAUGGUAAUGCGGGACGUUUUACAGAAUGGACCCCACUGGAUGGAGACUUCUCAAAGGGAAGCCAGCAGAAACAUGCACUAUGAUCCUUCUUCCCUGAUGAAUGAUGUUCAAAACCUGAACUUGUACAAGCCUCUACACAGUGGAUCACGGGAGCAAUUAUCCACUCAAUUUCCAGCCUGUACCUCUGGCCGGCAGACCCAAGGUGUGUUGGCAGAUUUCCCACAUCUUGAUAUCAUCAAUGACCUGCUCGAUGAUGAACAUGGUGUUGGGAAGGCAGCGAGUGGCAGCCCUUUUUUUCAGUCUCUCAGCAAUGGGCCACAGCAAUUGAAUAGGCAAUUUACUUUUCCAGGUGAUGUGGGGUCCUCAUCUAGCUCUUGCAGGUUUGAGCGAACUUAUAGUAUGCAUGAUGAUGGGUUUCAACAAGGCUAUCACUCUCCUGGCAGCCAGUUUGACUCAAUGAGGGAUUUCAUUCCGCAAGCCAGCGCAUUACCUUACGUAAAUGGGCAGGUAGAUGGGUUAAUUCCAAACCAGUGGCAGGUUGCUGGUUCUGAUUUGUCUCUACUUGGCAUGAGGAGCAUGGAGGGGGAUGGUUACUCUUAUUAUAAUCCAGAUUAUUCAAAUCUGGCAUGUGGUGUCAAUGGCUAUACGGUUUUCCGUCCCUCAAAUGGGCAAUGAAAGGAAACUAUGACGGAGUAUGCCUACGAAUUUGUAGGUUCUUGUCCGUUGUAAUAAUGUAUCUGAGGAAAUUGUUGGGUCUUAGAUUUGGAGUGAGGUUAUAUUCGUUGACAGGAAAACAUUUUGUAAAGAGUGUUUCUGCAGUUGCUUCCAGCUCUGAAGUAGUUUAAAAAUGAGGCUUUUGAUAUA